UUUAGGGCUUGCGAGGGAGGAAUGUCGUUUGUGCGGGCGCUCAAGCGCGUGUCCAGAUUCUCGUGGGCCACUGGAAGAUUGGAAUCAAGCUCUGGAAUUGAUCGCUGCGCGAUUCCAUUCCAAGCUUUGGUUUUGGGAAGGAAUGCUGAUCGUUUGAGCAGCUCUUCCAGGAGAAAGUGUCUUACCAGAGAGCCCUGGACUCGAGGCUCCAACUUAACGCGCGAGAGAUGCCUCGGAUGCGAGUUUUCGUUCCGGCCAGUGCGUUUCAUGUGCAAAGACGCUGGCGUUGAAGACGAGAAGGAGUCACAUAAACACAAGGCUUCUCACGAGAGCAAGAAGCAGAAAGAAAAAGAGGAGGACGAUGAGAAACGGCGUGUUCUCAAUGCGGCUCUUACGUAUGUUCCUACUUUGGGAUGGACAGAGGCCGCCAUUGCAGCGGGAGCAAGAGACGUAAAUCUAUCGCCCGCGAUCCUUGGAGCCUUUCACAGGAAAGAAGCUGCUCUCGUGGAAUACUUCAUGGAUGAAUCGCUGGACGAACUUACGGACGCUGUUGAAGAGCAAAGCGAGGAGCUCGAGAAGCUGGUGCUGCAUGAGAGAUUGGCGAAAGUCAUCCGCAUUCGUCUCGAGAUGCAAGCUCCUUAUAUUUCCAAGUGGGCUCAAGCUUUGAGUAUCCAAGCGAAUCCCAUUAACCUUCCUGUCGCGAUGAAACAACGAGCCGUGCUAAUGGACGAGAUCUGGCACUCCGUCGGAGACAGAUCCACGGACUGGGAUUUCUACUCCAAGCGAGCGAUCCUCGGCGGAGUCUACACAGCAGCAGAGGUUUACAUGCUCACAGAUUACUCUCCCGGAUUCAGGGAUACUUGGACUUUCACGCAACGCCGGAUCAUCGACGUGAUCGAUUGUAGGAAAACUGCCAAGGAGGCAGCUCAAUUGGCACAGGCCAUCGGUGCGGGAUUGGGCAACACCAUAGCUACCUUCUUGAAGCAACCACGGCCUGGACCGUGAGAAAAAAAAAACGCAAAAAAAGCGAGAAAGAACUCGUAAGAAUCGAUAGAAGAGAUAGAGAGGAUAGAAAACUAUCUUAUGCUCGAUAGUUCUACAAUACGUGGCCAUUUUAUUGGUAUC